AUUAGAUCUAAAUAGCAAGAGAUUAAUAAAAAAAAAAAAAUCAAAUAACAAUAUUAUCAUUCUUUUAAACCCCAUUUAGUUUUACUGAUCUAAUUUGUCAUAUUACGUAAGAAUGAGAGAAUGAAAGUUCCUUGCUAUUUUCAUCAUAUUCAUAUCUUGUAUUUGUUAUGAUAACCAUUGGUUCGUUGGCUCACUAUAAGGCUAGAAUCAUUAGGAGGCAUCAUGAUUUGGUUGACAGCUACCUUUGCAGUUAUGCAGAAUGGAAGAGCAGAAAACCAGGCAGCAUUUGCAGCAACAAUGGGUCUGCUUCUCAGUUAUACUUUAAAUAUCACCACUCUUUUGAGUGGUGUUCUAAGACAAGCAAGUAGGGCUGAGAAUAGCUUGAAUGCUGUGGAGCGUGUGGGCACAUACAUUGAUCUAGCUUCAGAGGCUCCAGAUGUUAUUGAAAGCAAUCGACCGCCACCUGGGUGGCCCUCAUCAGGAUCAAUUAAGUUCGAGGAUGUUGUCCUACGUUAUAGGCCUGAACUUCCUCCAGUUUUACAUGGAUUAUCCUUCACCAUUUCUCCAAGUGAGAAGGUUGGGAUUGUGGGAAGAACCGGUGCAGGAAAAUCAAGCAUGCUAAAUGCAUUAUUUCGGAUUGUAGAAGUGGAAAAAGGAAGAAUCUCAAUUGAUGGUUGUGAUCUUGCUAAAUUUGGACUAACAGAUAUACGGAAGGCUCUUAGUAUCAUACCACAAUCACCAGUUCUUUUCUCAGGAACUGUGCGAUUUAAUCUUGAUCCAUUUAGUGAGCACAAUGAUGCUGAUCUGUGGGAGGCAUUGGAGAGGGCACAUUUAAAGGAUGUCAUUAGGAAUAUCCUUUUGGUUUGGAUGCUCAGGAAAAUAUUGUUAACUGAUGUGCAACAAAAUGCAUAUUUCUAUGUUUUGGAGGGUGGGGAGAAUUUCAGUGUUGGGCAGAGGCAACUAUUAAGUCUUUCGCGAGCAUUACUGCGAAGUUCAAAGAUUCUUGUUCUUGAUGAAGCAACUGCAGCUGUUGACGUAAGGACUGAUGCUCUUAUCCAGAAAACUAUUCGAGAAGAAUUCAAAUACUGCACCAUGCUUGUUAUUGCUCACAGACUAAAUACAAUCAUUGACUGUGAUCGGAUUCUCGUGCUUGAUGCUGGUCAGGUUCUAGAACAUGACACUCCAGAGGAACUGUUAUCCAAGGAAGAAAGUGCAUUUGCAAAAAUGGUGCAAAGUACAGGGCCUGCAAAUGCUCAGUACUUACAUAGCUUGGUUUUCAGAUCUGAAGAGGACAAGUUAAGCAGAGAAGAAUCCAAGAGGUUGAAUGUAAAGAGGAAAUGGCUAGCUACUUCCCACUGGACUGCUGCUGCUCGAUUUGCCCUUGCUGUCAGCCUUACUUCUUCACAGGGCAAUCUUCAAAGGUUGGAUUUUGAACAUGAGAAUAAUAUCCUCAAGAAAACAAAAGAUGCUGUGAUAACACUGCAGGAUGUUUUGGAGGGGAAGCAUGAUGAUGAUAUAGCCAAUACACUGCAAGAGUACCAAGUCGCAAGUGACAGUUGGUGGUCAGCUCUCUAUAGAAUGAUUGAAGGUCUUGCUGUAAUGAGCAGGUUGUCUCAGCAUACCAGGCUUCAACAAUCAGAGUGUGAUUUUGAAGGCGGUCAACAAGAUUGGGAUGAUUGUGAAAUGUAGGAGAAAAUAAGAAACCGUUGGUCAAUAAAAAGAUGUCUGGCCUUUUCUUCUCCCCUUGUUCUGCCCAGUUUGUAAUUGCUGUCAGCCACACAGGCUAUUCUCUGUACAAACUAGAUAUGAAUGAAAAAUCCCCCUUUUUUUUUUUUGUUUAUAAAGGUGAAUCUCAAUU